AACUUCUGGACGCUGUGCAUUCUCAACGUCCUCACCGACGCGGCGCUCAUGAGCAUCCCGCUGCCCAUCCUGUGGCACCUCCGUGUCUCCAAGCGCAGAAAGCUUGCGGUCGCUAUUCUCCUGCUCUCCGGCGUCUUUGUCAUCGCCACCGCCAUUAUACGCAUGGUCAUGACCAUGGUCGGCGCGCCCAACGUCAUCACUAUAAACAUCUGGGGAUUUCGUGAGCUGUGUGUGGGACUCUGUGCCGUCACCGCGCCCAUUCUGUGCCCUCUUUUUACGCGCGGGUUCUGGCGCAAGGGGCGAUACGGGCAGGAGUACGUGCGGUGGAGGGAGAAUUGGCUGCGUCCGGGCGAGAGAAGAGAGUCCCCCGGAUUCGGGACGUGGAUCGGCAUGGUG